UGCGCUUUCUGAGAUGAAGAUAAUCUGUGCAAUUCUUGUUUCUUUCAAUGUACUAUAUGAUAAGAGUAUCACUUCUACCCCGUGAUGAAAGUAGUUGUCAUACCAUGUCUAGAGUAAACGACAAGAAAACAAUAUACAUUACUUAAUAAAUCACUGAUUCAGAGAGCAAAUUCUCCGACCAGGUCAAUCGAUUAAUAGUUGGUCCUACUGUCACGUUUGACAGAUAUGCAGGAGAUCUGUAUUUUCUAUGUACUUUGACUACGGAAAAUGGCAGAGCCGGAAGCACAAAAUACCCUCGAUCUGUCGAACAAAGGUUUGAAGAAAAUUCCUAAAGCUCAAAGUCAGGAUUCUCAAAGAGUUACAGAACUGAUUUUGGACAGAAAUGAACUGCAAAAAUGGGACAACAUUGAUUCAUACCAUGCAGUGACGAGGCUAUCAGCAUCAUACAAUCAGUUUCUUCGGAUGUAUAGUGUUGGUCGUUUGCAUCAUUUGUGUUGGCUGGAUCUGUCGCACAAUGGGAUUCUGACUAUUGAAGGACUUAAAGAUUUACUUCAUUUGAGGUGGUUGUGUUUAGCGAGCAAUAACAUUAAGACAAUUGAACAUCUGAACACUAAUUCAAAUUUGGAGCAUUUGGAUUUGUCAGACAACAACAUUGUGCAUAUUGCUGAUUUGUCUUAUCUUCCAAGACUUAAGCAACUUCUGCUCUACGGAAACCGUAUCACGCAGUUGCGGCCUUGUGAACGUAAUCUUCCAACAAGUCUAACUGUGUUGUCAGUUGCUGAUAACCAUAUUACGGACCUUAACGAAGUGGCCUAUCUGUCACACUUAAAAAAUCUUCAGGAACUCAGUAUUGUAGGAAAUCCGUGUGUAACAAUGACUGGUGGCUCUGUUGGAUUUGAUUACCGUCCAUUUGUCAUAAACUGGUGCAUGAGCUUAAAAAUUAUUGAUGGCUUUGUAGUGGAUGCCAUUGAAAGUUUAAAAGCAGAAUGGCUAUACUCCCAAGGGCGAGGAAGGCAGUUUCAUGUUGGGGAUCAUGAAGCUCUUACACAGUACCUAGCAUCUGUAUGCCCACUUACGGGAGAUAACUUAGAAUCUGAAGAAGACCGUAAACUGCGCUUAAUCUUGAGCAAAGCCCAUCAGCAUCAGCAGCAACUGCGAAGUCAGCUGACUAAUGGUAGUGGAUUGAGGAGAAAUGCAUCCAGCUUUCAUCGGAGCCAGUCUUCACCUGCUCCAUCUCCUGCUGCAAGGAGACGUAUUUUCCCACAACGCACCACUGCAUUACGCAGCAAUACAUCUCGUCUGCCUGUAACUGAACGACACCAUUCUCCAGAUCGUAUGGUUGUCAGUUGUCAGAUGACAAAACCUGAAGUAAAUUCAGGGAUGACAGUGUCUAUGUCAGGAAAUCUGAUGACACGUAGCCUUGAUCCUAGCUUGCUACUUAACAGUAGUUCAAAUAAUAACAACAAUAAGGAUUCCAUUGAUACAACUGUAGCAGUAGAGGACAGUUCAGCAGGUGUUGUGGAUGCUGAUGCUAACAGUGGUUGCCCACUUCAAGCUGCAACUAAGCUGGUUCCUGUACCAGAAUCUCUGAUGAGCCCAGACUAUCGACCAGUGACUGCAGCAAUACUUGGUCGGCCACAUAGAGUUCGACCCCCUGGAGGGAAAGGAUCUCCAGAACGUUGCCAGAGUGCGCACUCUAGCCCAAGAGCAAGACCACGAAGGGGCGGUGCUGGAAGUGGACGGCAUGGUUCACCACGUCGCAUUCGCGUUAGCAAUAGUAGCGAUGAUGAUAGUGAAAUGUCUGCAUCCAAACUAGAAACAAUAAGACACAGAGCACAAGAGCGCUGGCAAAGAAAAGAUGCUGUGCCUCCAGCAGAUCUCUCAGCUCCUGGUCCAGCAACUGAAUGCAGCCAGUGGAAGAACACCAAUGGGGUACAGUCGAACUCAGAAGUCGGUCAAGGAAUGACAGUUGACAUCCAACAGGAGAAAGCUGCAACAUGCAUACAAAGAAUGUGGCGCGGUUACCAGACUCGCAAUCUUAACAAGAGUGUUCAGGCCAUAUACCGCACUCUUCAUGAUUCCAGAACACACCAGUACAUUCAAAAGCUUUCAUCUGAUAUGCAAGCAACAAGAGCCGCUUUGGAAAGUGAGCGGAAGUUACAACUCCUGCAGAUGCAAGCAAUUAAUGCUCUUUGGAAAAAAGUAGUUAAUCUCCAGCCAUCACCUAAGAAUGAACCUAGUGGAAGCAGUAAAGGAGCAGACGCAGACACAAUGAAAGAACUUACUGAAACUUGUUCACGUCUGCAUAGCCAGGUGGAGCAGCUGCAGGGCUCGAUGCAGAGCAUGAUGCAACGCAUGUCCCUCCUUUGUGCUUCUCAGCAGCCGAGGCGGGUCCUCUCAGCUGACACUGCCGGUACACAGACUGACAUUGUAGCCGUGCAUACACCACAGACAGACAGUGUUCCCAGUUUCCCAUAUGGUCGACCACACCGCCCUUCAUCACUGCCUAUAUCACGACCAUCCCAGAGUCCUCGUGAUCUUGAUCAGCAACAAUCGGUACAACAGUUCGCCAAUAGUUUGGUGGAUGGCGUUCUGAGAACAGUUGCAGAACAGGGUAGUGACACAGCUGCUGGAAGCUGUGCCUCACUGCCGGAGGAUGAAGUUGCACCUACUCUUCCAGAGUGCUUGCCACCAGGAGAUAAUGUUUUUGCCAAUGGGGAACCAGAAAAAUUGGCAGUAUGUUCAGAGACAGAGGACAGUGUACAUAUUUCACAGAAGAAGACAGAAGUUACAGUUGAGAGUGGCUGUUCUGCACCAGAGCACGAUGAAGGUUUACUGGUGGCAUCCCAAUAUUCCAAUCCAACCCAUGAAAGUGUUGGUAACAUUUGUGUUAAAGCAAACACAGAUGCUGCACCUGUAGUUGAGAAUGGGCCAGUUGCAUAGUAGAAUGCCAGUCGUAUUGGAGCUUUUACGGUUGAGCUUUAAUUUGGUUUGUUGCUGAGACUGCUGAAGACAUUUUACUAAAGCAUAUUUCUUGGCUUGCUCCUAAUACAGAUUGUACAAAUCUUAUGAAUAACUACCCAUAGUUAUUUUCAUGUUGACUGAUUUCAAUUUUAUUUGCCAGUGUUUUACUGUUUGAGCUUAAUUUUGUAAGCAAUUUUAGCAGUUCAUUUCAUCUUUCUGUGAUACAUAUAAAUUAUGUCCAAGAGAAAUAUGUAUAAGUUGUUCUUUUUACUUGUUGUAAAAAGUAUUCAGCUUGUUGUUGCCUCAUGUUUGGAGUCUAUCCACUAGUUAUAAAUUUAAUAUUUGAAUCUCAACUAUUCUUUCUAAACUUUCUCCCACUAUAAGUGUACCAUUCAAUGGAACCCAAAAUAGCAUUUUUUCCAGCUUAUAAAUAUGGAAAUGUUUCCUUACAUUACUGAGGUUUUGUACUGAACUCUCAAACAGAUGACUUUUUAAAUAAGUCAAAUUCUGUGUAAUCAGUCACUGCCAUUGAUUGCAAGAUUGCAAGUUCUACAGGAUUUGUAGUUCUAAGUAGGUCAAAUAAAAUUACAGUUUUCUUGCUUGAGCAAUUUGUGUGUGAAAGUUCUGUGUAAUUACCCAGUAGUCAUAAUUUUCUAACAAUCUUAGGUUGUGAGUUUUUGCUUCCAAGAUUUAUGUUUAUUAUAAUUGAAUCAAGUAUUUAUAUGUAGAAGCACAAAUUGUCUGAACCUGUCAGUGGCCUUGUAGUCAUUGCUUCAAUGCACAAAAACGUCCAGCUCUGUCAGAGUAAUGUUAAUACGCACAUUGAGUACUUGCUGAGAAAAUAGCCAGGUAGUUAGUCUUCAAGCACGAACUGCUCAUAACACUUAAAUGCUCAUUACCAUUUAUCUCUCAAUUUAUGUAUAAGUUACCAGUGCUUUGCACGCAGGACUGUGAAGUAUCGAAGCUCUUGCCUACCUCACAUGUGACUAAAUGAAACAAAAAUGCAAUGACUUUUCAAAAGAUUGUAUUAUACAACUUUUUACAAAAUCAAAAAUUGUCUUGCUCAGCGUAAUGUAGUUGAGCUCUUCUGCUCUAAUAGCAAUGCUGUCUAACUUUGUAUAAUUUUAUGUGGAAUGGGCAGCAGGUUAUAGUAAUGUCAUGCUGAAACUGAUUUUCUUUCCCGGUUUCCUAUUGAACAAAAUGUUAGACUGCCACUGAUGUUAGUAUAGUGGACAGUGUUUCAUUUAUUUGUUAUAUAAUUUGUGAACUUUUGUGGUGAUGGAAUUGUGUGCUGUCCACUGCAGUAUGUUUUCUAAUAUAUUGUCAUGUGGCUACUUCUCUAGAGAUAAGGAUUGACAGAGAACUAAUUUUCUCAAAUAUCAGUGUGUGUUAGUUAGGGGCCAAUCUUCUGUGUAAAAUUUUGGUGCUUAUUGCAGACACUCAGUUCUGUUUCUAUGGAAUUUUCUUAGCAGAGAUUAAGGUCAACUGUCAAAGGAGAAAUUUAGCAUGGGGCGAAAUAAUUUUCUAAACAGCAAAAUAUCUUUCAAAGGACAUGUGUGUAUCACAAAGUAUUAAGUACAAGCAACAUUCACAUCCUUGUUUUCCCAUUGAUCUAUGUGUUUACUAUUAGUUAUUUAGGAAUUUAUAAUAAGUAGAGAUCUAUAUGCUAUGAUUUGCCAAAUGUAAACUAAAAUACCAUUGCAGUUGUAUAAAUGACACUGGUCCUACUUUAUAGAUUCAUUUUGCAAUAGUCUCCAAACAUCUUGUUCAGUUAAAGGAUAUUACAUAGGAGAAGCAAAUAAAUUUGUUAGAGACAUUUCAGCAACCAGCAGAGGAAUUACGUAUGCGAUGGCUGUUACCAGUAGCUUUUCUACUGCAAAAGGAAAUACUCAUGUUUUACCCAAAAUUAAGGUGUUUUAGAUUACUCAUAUAACUGAAACUUUAAUUUGUGAUCACCCUGUUUCUUCUUUGAUGUCUUUUAUAUUAACCUAAGUGAUUAUUUCAGUAUAAUUACGGGAAGGUUUCAGACCUCAAGGAGGCAUUUGAAACGACCUUGUAAUACAGGUAUUUCGUUUGCUGAAAUACUCUACAAAAAUUUUCUAGUCAAUGUAUAACAGUACAAAGUGAAAUCUGGAGAAGUAAAAGUAAUUGUUUGGUAAAAUAAAUGCACAAUUAAGAUAUAACAGAUGUUUCCACACUACUAUGUUUUAAAAAAAUGCCAGGUCAGUAUAUUUGUAACAAUGUAGUAAUUGACAACUCUGGUUAUCAUUCGUGUGAAACAAAAAAAAAGCAACAUCUUAUUUUCUCAGGAGAAAAUUUUGUAAGAUCUGAGCAUUAUAAAACAAUAUUUAAUAUGUUUCAAAUCCAGUUUUGGCAAAUAUGCCAUUGUUCCCUUCUGUAUUCAAUGUAUAUUAAAUAUUACAACUUUAUUUUUACAACUUAUUUCUUUUAAAACUGUUCUCUAUCAGCAUGUUGUUCAUAUUAGCUGAAUUUUGUUACUGGCAUUGUAUCACCAUCAGUAUUAGAUUACUGUAAAAUCUUUAUGGUACUUAUAAAACAAAUCUAUGAUGACAUUUUCCUCUAGUAAUAUUUGUACAUUUGAUGUUGAAAGCUUUCUUUCAUUUGUCAAAGAGAUCUAAAAUUUUAUAAAAUAAUCUCCUUUAUGUAAAACAAAACGGUGAUUUAAAAAGCCUUGAAGAGUAACAGUGUAGCAACUGAUAAAUAAGUUUUUAUUGACCAUUUUCUUUAUUGGUGCAUCAGUUUUUGUUGGAUGCAUGUUAGUUAAGCAGUAUAAUCAGAAGAAUCGUAAUAUAAAUGAAAGUAGUAAAUUUAAAGACACUAUAUAGCUGAAGCAUUGUGUGUUUGAUGAUGGACACAUAAGAAAGACAUUGAUAAACUUUGGACACAUAAGAAAGACAUUGAUAAACUUUUUGAUGAAUAUUCAAUAGCUAGAGUAUCGGGUAGUUCAACACCACCCCCCCCCCCCCCCCCACACACACACACACACACACACACACACACACGGCUGGCUGCCGCAUUGUCCUGGUCAACUGCAUUUUGCUGGCAGUAUAGCUGGAAGUAUGUAUCAAGUGGAGUUGGGGAGAGAAGAAAGAAAGUUGAGAUGGGUAAGGACACAGUUGAAGAGAACUGGCUCACAGCUGUGAGCAAGAGGCAGCAAACACAAUAGAUAGGAAUGUAACUAGGUGAGCUUGCUUUGGCGCAGGAAGAGGGAGUUGUGUAAAGUAGAAUGACAGGGAGGAGUAAAGUAGAAUGACAGGGAGGAGAGGCUGGGGGAAGGGGGAUGGAUGUAUAGCAGAGGAAGAUGGAGACUGCAGAGGAGGGUGUAAGUUUAGAGUAAGUUGUGAGCAUGGAGACAAGGACAGAGAUAGGUUCAGAAUGAGGGGGUGUGGAGAUCGAGAGAAGGAGAAUUGCGGGAUUGGUGGAUGUAUUUCAAAGACAAUCCUCCUCUAAAUAGUUCUGUGAAGCUAGUGUUUCUGGGGAGGGGGGGGGGGGGGGCUCAUAAAGAUGGUGUGUGCUGCAAUGCAGCCUUUUAAGUUUUAUCAUGUUGUGCUCAGUAGCAUGUUCAGGGUGGUCAACUCUGCUCUUGGCUACAGUUUGACAGUGUUCAUUCAUUCGAGUUGGCAGCUGAAUGUAAGUAGUCGAAACCCAGACAUAAGAUGUGGUUAAGCUGUUCCAGUCCGAGGUGACAUUGGAUAAUGAAGGGGUUGCUCCUUUUAGAGUUCGUUCACUUGGAUUGUUGGAGGAUUAAGGGCAUUUGUGGAUGUGGCACUGGAAGGGAGGACAUUUACCAGAAUGGGGGUGAUAUCAAUGUUUGGUGGGCUUGAUAUGGCCAGAGGUUUUUACUGAACUGUCGCUGAGGUGAAAGUUAAUGUCAAGGAAAGUGUCAUGCUGGGCUGAGGGAACCAGCUGAAGCAGAUGGGAGAGAUGAUGAUAAGGUUGUGGAGAAAUGAGGAUAGUGUCUUGGCCCAAGGUCCAGAUCUUGAAGAUAUUAUCAGCGAACCUUAACUAAACAAGAGAUCUGAGACUUCAGAGUAGCUAGGAAAACAUGUAUCUGCAACCACGCAGAGAAAUUAAUUUAGCAUAGGAGUGUUAUUGAGUACUUCAUGGUACUCCAUCAUAGUUCAACAAACACUAUUUUUGUCAACACCAUACAAUAACGUAUUUUUCUGACUUGGACUUAACAAAUAUUUGAGUAUUUUUUUCCAUGAUAUGGGGCUUACUCACACUUGAAGCAGUAUUCUGCACAGUCUUCUCAUUUUCUCCUUGGCUUUAGCAGCUACUGAUGUAACUUAAGAACAGUCUGUUUCUGUUUACUAAGAUGGUAUCACAUGUGAGAUUUCUUCAGAAAUGUGUGCAAUAUAUUCUCUUAUUAAAAAUAUAUCUAGUUGACAUGCUGCAAUGAACACCACCUGCACUUCUGACGUUAAAUGCAGUAAUUGAAGUACUCUUCCUAAUCCAUAAAUAUAAUUAGGUGAUACUUAACUACACUAAGAAGUGCAUAUGAUCUCAUCUCUCCCAAGCAAUUCGCAACUUGGCCAGUUAGUUCCAGUCUUUGCUGUCAGGAAAGAUAUUUCUGAUGUGUUAUUUUUAUCUGUUAGACCAAUAGUCUGCUGCAGUAUGGUCUGUAAAUUCCUCUUUUCCCUUCUGUUUUCCAAGACCAGUGUUGAUGUCAUGUACCUGUAAAUUACUUGAUGAUGAUUAUCCUUGUAAUAACAUGAGUGUGGUAUAUCAGUAUCCCCAAACAUAUUCAAUUAUUCCGUAACUGAUCUGGAAGCUUACGUUAGGUUAAUAACUGUAAUAAUUCAUUUCAUCUCACCUCAGUAUGUGGCUCCAGUAAUAGUAACACACAGUCGCCAAGGUCAUUUCUUCUCUUCCAAGACAAACCAUGCUUUUCUGCUGAAGGUGACCACACCAAAGCUGUUAAUUAAUUUAGCUACUUUGUAGAUUAAUUUAGUGUUCAAAACUAUAUUUGCGCUUUAGUGUACAGCAUAUUCGGGGAGAGGGAAUUAAUUCAUCCAAGGACUAGUCCAUCUUACAUGAACCAAGGAAAAAUUGUGUCUGUCUGCCUGGAUGUUUCAUAAUCUCUUUUAUCUGGCUGGUCCUGAGAAAGCAAUGUGAAGGUGGUAAUAGUGUUUUACAGUCUUUCUGAAGUACUUGUUAUGUAAGUUUACAUAAUAACUUUUUGAAAAAAGUAUGUCAUCUUUGUUCCUGGUGAUCCCUGGUUUAAGUUCUACAACUGUCUCUGUAACAGGUUCAUUACUGUACUAAUGUCACAACCAUAUUUGAAACUGAUAAAAAAAAUGUCUCAUUUGUUGUUGGUUUCUGUAGAUGAUAUUUUCAUAAGAAAUGUAACUGUACAUUAUUGCACUAGUUUGUCACUAACAAAAGUCAUUCCAUUUUUUGGCAUCAUUUAUAUCUUGCUGCAAAAGAAAACAGCUUACACUAAUAUAUUCUCUCUGUUUUGUUUUCUUAUUUUGUGGGUAAGUAAAUUUACUAAUUACCCAGUGCUCUUGGCAACAUAUUGUAUGUAACAUGUAACUGCAAAGCCAAAUAGGAUUUUUGAUGUGCCAGUUAUUGUUUUUUCCACUGCCCAGUUUCAGCAUUAUCUUUGUGCAUCUUCAGUAUCGUGUGUGCUUAUUGUAUUCAGACUGUAUUCAUGCUUUUGUGUGAGCAUUGGCAAGUAUAAAAAAUAUUUCCAGAGGAUUUUAUGCUUGGAGUACAUCUAUUUUUCUUGUCAGUGGACAUAAAAUGAGUGCACAUAUUUAAUGCCUCAUCAUUGUAUACAGCACAUUCAUUAAAAAAGAAGGGGCACUGUUUUCAUAUACCAUUUGAUAUGUGAUACAGUCAUGUAAGUUACAAUGUAUCAGUUUUACUUCAUGGCAUUAUCUGUAUGCUUACUGUUACAUAAAAUUCCUUGUUUUUAUAUCUAAUAA